AUGUCCGUCGUGCUUUUUGAGUCAAAAGAGAUGGGAACAGAAACAGAAACCUCUAAAGACACCGGAGAAAUCGAACCACUGUUACAGGACAACCGUGAAGACGAGGGUACCCGAAGUAGAGAUCGUUUGUACCGACAAGACCAGAACCAGCUGGAGGUUCGAGAUAUACUUGAGAAAUACGGGUUGAAAUCGAUUUACGCUUUCAGUACCCAGUCGGGUCGCGGCGUCCCAAUCCGAUUUCAUCCGAGAAACGGAAGGUCUAUUCCCGGAUACAAGGACGGAUCGGUGGUUCACAUUGACGGCGAACCAAAGGAUUCAUUGAUCAAACCUAUAACCAAAAUAUUGGUGGGAAUAGCAGCUCUUACACUUCUAAUAACUCUACUAGUGAAGGAUACUCCCAAAUGGAUGAAGAAAUUCAACAUUUUGGCUGGAGAUUUCCCUCCUUGGGUUCUUGCUUGCGUUGUUAUCGUUUUCACCCACAUGAGGAAGAGGACGAAGGAUGCCUUGAAGAAGUUUGGUUGGUGAAUGGAGAUACUCUUAAAGCCAUUUUGUAAGCCCAAUAAGAUACUGAACACUGUUAAAUCUUGUGCUUUUAUAAGUUGUUUUGCCCAGAAAAUGUGUUGAUCCUUGUGGAACAUUCGUAAAAUAAUAGUGGAAAUCAAACUCAUUUGUAGUAAAAGGGACAUACAUGAUGAUAUAUCUCUUUUCUUACCAAUUGUGUUUAAUUACAGUGUAGAUUAUUUAGCUUUGUCUUCA